AUGGCCGGCAAGGAUACCAAGGGCAAGAAAGCCCCCAAGGGCCUCUCUAAGGCCAACGCUGCCGCCAAGGCUGCUCUCAAGGGCGCCAACUCCCACAAGAAGACCAAGGUCCGAUACAGCACCUCGUUCCACCGCCCCAAGACUCUGGUCGUCUCGCGCACCCCCAAGUACCCCCGCAAGUCGAUCCCCUCGCAGCCCCGUCUCGAUGAGCACAAGAUUGUCAUCCACCCUCUCAACACCGAGAGCGCCAUGAAGAAGAUGGAGGAGAACAACACCCUCGUCUUCAUCGUCGAUGUCAAGGCCAACAAGGCUCAGAUCAAGCUUGCCCUCAAGAAGCUCUACGACAUUGACACCGUCAAGAUCAACACUCUGAUCCGCCCCGACGGUUCCAAGAAGGCCUACGCCCGCCUUACCCCCGAUGUUGACGCUCUCGACAUUGCCGCCAACAAGCUCUCCCUCGUUUAA